AAAAGAAUAAUGUUCAAGCAAUUUCAUCAGGCAUCAGAGUCUCGACGCGUUAAACCCGAGGUUUCUCUUUCCAGUCUUAGCAGCAGAAGCAGCAGCAGUAACAACAGCAGCAGCAUGACGACAAGGACGAAGACAACGACAACGGAGAGGACAAAAGUUCCGUAUGGUAUAAUAAAAAUCCCACUUCAGCCGUUGCCUUUAUCAAAGCCUAGGCGCAGUUGUGAGCCAUUUGACCCGAGAGACCAAAGUUUCCUCCUGCGUGAGGAUCCUCGUAGGAGAGCGGUAGCAUGGGCACCCCCUGGCAUCUUUUACUCCGUCUCGCUCGCUCUCUGGUCAGCUACGGGAAAAGGUGGUUAUUGGUGGAGCGGGUGCAUCGGAGAGGACUGUAGGAUCCAGGUGGACGGUUAGCAGCGGCUCGUGACAGGGAAGGUUGAAGAGGUGAUAGUGACGGAGAAGCCAGAGGGAGACCAGGAAGAGUAGGACGUGGAGGAGAAGCUGGAAUAGAAGGAGGUGGAGAAAGAAGAAGAGGAUGAGGAUGUGGCAAAUCUGGCGUGGAGGGAUACGGGGUGGUGAAUGACGUCACGUUGCUAAAGCGACGCGGCAACGCUAAGCGUCUGCGUGGGCCGGUGGUGGUGUCUGGGCCGGGAUCAAUAGCGCGCCAGCAACCAGGUAGUAGAUGUGAGUGCCUGUGGGUUCUUCAACGACGGCAGUCCAGGAGACGAACCUCCCGAGGUAAGACCCUUUCGACGAAUCGAGUGGAGCUCCAGUGGCACACCGGACAGCACCAUGCCAGAAUCACAGCAACAGAGGACCCUGAUUAUUUAGGACCAUCUUUAUCUCCA